GGCUCCAGUGGUUUUACAAUGAAAUCUGUGUUAAUUACCGGUGCCAACCGAGGCCUUGGCUUGGGGAUGGUAAAUUAUCUUAUUAAACAAAACAAGGCACAAAAUAUCUUCGCUACCUGCCGGAAACCGUCAGAGGAACUAAAUCAAUUGGCCCAACAGAACAAACAUCUUCACAUCUUACAAUUAGUUUUUGCAGAUGUAAAAAAUCUUGAGAGUUUCAAUGAUGUCUCAUCCCAAAUCGGCAAAGUUGUCGGGUCUGAUGGAUUGAACCUGUUGAUGAAUAACGCUGGUGUCACCACCAAGUUCACCAAAUUACCCUUGGUGAAGGCUGAGCAACUGCUGGAGAACCUCACCGUCAACACUGUCGCUCCCAUCAUGCUCACCAAGAGUUUGUUGCCGCUGCUAAAACAAGCGGCGGAGAGCAACAGCGACAAGCCGGUGGGUGCGCAGCGGGCGCUCGUGGUCAACAUGAGCUCCGUACUCGGCUCCAUCGCCCAGAACGACCAGGGCGGCUUCUACCCGUACCGCUGCUCUAAGGCGGCCCUAAACGCGGCAACAAAAUCAAUGAGCAUUGACCUCAAGAAGGACAACAUCUUGGUGGCCUCCAUGCACCCAGGGUGGGUGAAGACGGACAUGGGCGGCAAGAACGCACCCCUGGACGUCGAAACGAGUAUCGCCGGGAUAUUCGCCACCAUUGAGAAACUCGGCGAAGAAGAUUCUGGAAAAUUCUUGCAGUACGAUGGCACUGAGUUGCCUUGGUGAAUGUCACACUGAGAUUUAUACGGCACAUAUUGAAAUAACGAUGGCAUUUAUUAAGUUUUAACUUUUUUUAAAUGAAAUAAAGCAUUUUUUUAA